AUGGUCGCAAAUCGUUUUGCACCAAUUCCAUUCUGUAUUGACGGCCUGGAAAUAGCUACUUCGCCAACAACCACGGGCGCCGAUGACAAGCAAACGACGGCCACGACGGUCGAUCCCGAAGCUGCCGCCACGACAACCGCGACUUCAACAGAAUCGACUGCUGCCGUCGAAGUUGCUGUCAAUGCAGACCCUAUUGAAGCAGGCGGCGUCGACGACGAGGACGAAUUCGAACCCAGUAUAUUUGACGGAGAUUCUGUGGGCGAUCAGACGGACUCGACUUCGGUUACCUCGAGCGUUUACGAACAUAGCUUCCAAAACGGCCGUCGGUACCACAAGUUCCGACACGGGAGAUAUCCGAUCCCAAACGACGAGACCGAGCAGAACCGGGAGGAUAUGCUGCAUGCUAUGAUGCUGGAAGUCACCGACGGGAAGCUGUUCUUCGCGCCUAUCAGCGAUAAUCCGAAUAAGAUCAUUGACUUGGGGACCGGUACGGGAAUCUGGGCCAUUGAGAUGGGCGACAGGUAUCCCAGUGCCGAAAUCACAGGGCUCGACCUGAGCCCUAUCCAACCUCAAUGGGUGCCUUCCAAUGUCAGGUUUCUGGUUGACGACGUGGAAGACACAUGGCUGAACGGAAACGAUUUCGACUUUGUACAUCUGCGCAAUAUGGUCCCCAUUCUAAAGUCACCAGUCGGACUACUCAGGAACGCGUACGAGCAUAUGAAACCUGGCGGCUGGGUCGAGCUCCAGGAUGUGGAUGGUCAAGUUCAUUGCGACGACAACACGGUGCCAGAGGAUUGGCCACUAGUCCGUUUCACGCACCAUCUGGUCGACGCGUUUGCGAAGUUUGGCACAAAUUCACACGCCGCGGUAUUUGGUCGGCAAUACCUUGAGCAGGCCGGUUUCGUCAACAUCCAACACCAUACGGUUAAGCUGCCUUACGGAACCUGGCCGAAAGACAAAACGAUGCGUCUUGUGGGCAUGUACUAUCGUACGGCAUGUGAGGAGUUUUUCCCGGCGGUUGGCGCCAUCCACUUUGAAUUGCUUGGGUGGAGCAAGCUGCGGAUGGAAGUCCUGUUUGCCGAAUGUCGUAAUGCGAUGAGAGAUCCCAACGUCCAUGCAUACGGCAAGAUGCAUUUCUGGAGCGGACAGAAGCCGCGUAGAUUCAAUGCUGCCAACUACUACUCUGAGUCAGGAAAACCUGGUCACAUCAAAACUCAGCAUGGCUACUUCCUGGACGAAUCUGUCGAUCUUGCUGCGCUGGACACCACCUUCUUCAGAAUGCCAAAGACCGAGGUUGAACGAGCUGAUCCUCAGCAAAGACUUCUCCUUGAGCUCACCAGAGAGUGUUUUGAGAGUGCUGGUGAGACCGACUUCCGCGGCAAGACGAUUGGUACCUUCGUCGGUUGUUUCGGAGAAGACCACCUCGAGAUCCUCAACAGAGACACAGAAGUCGUCGGCCAGUAUAAGAUAACGGGGUAUGGCGACUUCAUGCUCAGCAACCGCCUAUCAUACGAAUACGACCUCAAAGGCCCUAGCAUGACCAUCCGGACGGGUUGUUCCUCAGCCUUAAUCGGCCUUCACGAGGCAUGCAUGUCCAUCAGUCAUGGCCAAUGCAACUCGGCCUUGGUGGCCGGGUCCAAUCUCAUCAUGGCCCCUAGUAUCUUCGUCAGUAUGUCUGAGCAGGGCGUGCUCUCACCAAACGGAUCUUGUCGAACAUUUGACGCUGCAGCCAAUGGCUACGCCCGCGGUGAGGCCGUCAACGUGGUUUUCAUCAAACGGCUCAGCGAUGCUAUUCGUGAUGGCAACCCGAUCCGUGCCGUCAUUCGUGGAACGUCCAGCAACGCUGACGGCAAGACCCCGAGUCUGACAAUCCCGAGCUUCGAGAGUCAUGAAGCAAUGAUCCGACGUGCGUAUUCCGCAGCGGUAAUUGACGCAUCGGACAUUUCGCAAACCGGUUUUGUGGAAUGCCAUGGUACCGGCACAGCUGCAGGAGAUCCAAUUGAGACCACCGCCGUUGCGAAGGUCUUCGGAGACUCCGGUGUCUACAUUGGCUCUUGCAAGCCUAACAUCGGCCAUUCGGAGGGUGCAUCUGGUAUCACGUCGUUGAUUAAGGCGGUGCUUGCCUUGGAGCAUCGGACUAUUCCGCCGAACAUCAAGUUCGACAUCCCUAAUCCCAAGAUUCCGUUCGACAAGAACAACCUCAAAGUCCCCGUCACUCCUACACCCUGGCCGGAAGACCGUAUAGAAAGGGCAUCAGUGAAUUCUUUCGGCAUUGGCGGCGCUAACGCCCACGUCGUCAUUGAGUCGGCCAUCAGUUUCCUCAGGGCUGAAAGCCCAUCAAUGAGAGAGCUGUCCGCCUCUCCGGAGACAUCAGCUCACCUGGUGGUCUAUUCUGCCAACACAGCCAAUUCUCUCCGACGACAGGUUGUCAAUAAUCAGAGGUACAUAAGUGAUAACCCAGCAAUGCUCGACGACAUCGCCUACACUCUGUCAUCUCGAAGGAUUCAUCUACCCCAUCGCGCAUUCUCUGUGUUUCAAGAUGGUUCGGAACUGAGUACCUCACCGUUUGCCAAGGCGUCCCCAUCACCAGCCGAUCUCGUGUUGGUGUUCACCGGCCAGGGAGCGCAAUGGCCAAGAAUGGGCGCCGAACUUUUGAAUACCAACGAGGCGUUCGCUCGUUCGAUUCGACAGAUGGAUAAGAUCUUGAGCAUCCUGCCCGACGGUCCAUCUUGGACCCUUGCAGAUGAGCUCAUGAAGCCUGCCGAGUCGAGCAGCCUUCACAAGGCGUACCUGGCUCAGCCCGUCUGUACUGCUGUACAAGUAGCCCUUGUUGAUACUCUGAAAGAAGCCGGAGUUAUUCAAGCGUUUGCGGUCGUCGGUCAUUCAUCAGGUGAAAUGGCAGCCGCUUAUGCAUCCGGAAGACUCACUGCAAAGGAGGCCAUCAUCGCAGCCUACUAUCGCGGCAUCGCUUCCUCUGAAGUUACGAAGUCCGGCGCCAUGGCCGCGGUCGGCAUGGGACGGGCUCAGACUUCGAAAUUCCUGGUUGAGGGUGUGGUCAUCGCUUGCGAGAACUCGCCGUCGAGUGUCACGGUCUCCGGAGACGCGGACCGAGUAGAGGAAGUUCUUGCAGAAAUUCGGAAGACGCAUCCUGAAGUAUUGGCUCGGACUCUGAAGGUCGAAAAGGCAUAUCACUCUCACCACAUGCAAGAGGUCGGCGACCGGUACAUGUCUAUGACAUCCCCUUAUCUCAGCAGAAGUUCGUCAAUCGAAGGCACCUGGCCGUUGUUCUUCUCGUCAGUGACCGGGGAGAAGCUUCAAGUGGAUGAGCCGACGAAUGCGAAAUACUGGCGGUCCAAUCUAGAGUCACCAGUACUUUUCGACUCGGCUGUCUCAAGCAUCAUCGCAGAGCAUCAGAGUAGGGGCAGUAACAAACUCGUGUUCCUUGAGGUAGGACCCCACUCAGCCAUGGCGGGACCUCUUCGACAGAUCCUCAAAACAUCAUCUCUCGACUUGGCUUACGCAUCAUGUCUCAUUCGCUCAAAGAAUUCCACGGAGACUUUCCUUGCAGCAAUUGGUCAGCUGUGGCAGCAUGGAGUGAGCGUGGACUUCAACCGGCUCACCAACCCCAAGGGCAAUGCCCAUGUCGUCACCAAUCUGCCUUCAUACCCCUGGCAGCAUGACCACUCUCUUUUAUUCUCGAGUCGCAUUUCCGAUGAGUGGAAGUUCCGCAAGUUUCCAAAGCACGAGAUCUUGGGUGUCCGUGUCCCGGAAAGUAGCGAGAAUGAUCCAAUUUUCCGCAACGUCUUGACACUGAACUACGUUCCUUGGAUACGCGAUCAUAACAUCAAGGGAGACAUCAUCUUUCCGUGCGCUGGGUAUGUCGGUAUGGCUGGUGAAGCCGCGAGACAACUCCAUACUGGUGAUUUUGCUGGGUUUGCUAUGCGCAAUGUGGUCAUUGACAUGGCCAUGGUCCUCAGCGAGAGUAAAUCGACAGAAAUUAUCACUAGCCUCCGUCGUGAGAGACUCACGGACAGUCUAGACAGCUCAUGGUGGGAGUUCACGAUUGCUUCCCACAACGGUUCGACCUGGUCGAAGCAUUGCAGCGGUCAAGUCAAAGCACUGGAAGAUGCCACUAGACACACGACCAGAGACCCCAUGCUCAAACUUCCUCGCCUCAUCGGUCCUGGAAAGUGGUACCAAGCACUUCGAAAUGUUGGUGCAAACUACGGACCCUACUUUCAGGGGUUGAAGGAUGUCGCUUGCUCUCCGACCGAACACAGAUCUCACGGUACUGCUACCCACACCAUAUCGAACGAGUCCUACUACUCUGUACACCCAACCAAAGUGGACUUCUUUCUACAGCUCUUCAGUGUCGCUGCCGCCAAAGGUGUUGGUCACAAGCUGGACAAGAUGAACGUUCCAACGUUCAUCGAGUCAUUGGAAGUCUUCACCUCAGAUGCCGAGAUCGAGAUGGAGGUUCAAGCGACACAGUCGCCUCGCGGUGUCAUCUGCGGUGGUGGUGAGGGGAUUACUUCCGAUGGCAGACUUGUGCUUGCGCUCAAGGGUGUGAAGCUGAGCCCGCUGGAGAACGACACAUGUGAAGAGGAUACCGACCCUCAUGCAGGUGCACGAACAUUCUGGCAGCCGGAUGUGGACUUCUUGAAGAUGUCCGAUCUCAUCGAAGCUCAUCCUAGUCAGGAUAACCUUAUCCAUACUCAGGAUCUCACAUUGAACUACAUUCAGUGUGCCUUGAGCCGACUGGAUGGUGUAGAGACCAUGCUUCCACAUCUCGUCAAGUUUCUGAACUGGAUGAAGAAGCAGCCGCUGCCUGAAAGGGUGGUAGACGUCGAAUCCACUUUCUCGUCGAUGUCUCAGAUUGAAUCAUUCGGAUCUUUUGUGGUGGCUAUGAAGAAGGUGCUCGACAAUAUCGUCCCAAUCUUCCUUGGCCAGGCUGAGCCCCUGGAAGUUCUCAUGCCUAACAACGUCCUCACCGAGGUCUACAACUCGUUGAACAUCACCGAUAGACGACCGCUAUUUCAGGCUUUUGGUCACUUGAAGCCUAAUCUCCGAAUUUUGGAAAUUGGUGCAGGCACUGGCGGAACCACGAACAAGGUCUUGGAAUGGCUGAGAGGUCCGACUGGAGCCCUGCUUUACUCUGAGUACACCUACACGGACAUCUCGGCGGGUUUCUUCGCGACUGCCCAGGAACGGUUCAAGAAGUAUCCGAACAUGACUUUCAAGCCCUUGGACAUUUCCAAAGAUCCGAUCGAACAGGGUUUCGAACCUGAAUCAUACGACCUGAUUCUCGCCGCCAAUGUUCUCCACGCGACCCCGAGCCUUCAAGGGACCCUCACCAAUGUUCGAAAGAUAUUGCAUCCGGAGGGUAGGCUUUACAUGGAAGAGCUUUCCCAUGACGCGCUUCCUCUGAACUUCGUGAUGGGAGUUCUCCCGGGUUGGUGGCUAGGUGAAGAAGAUGGGAGACCCGAUCAGCCGUACGUCACUCCCGAUCGAUGGGACACCGACCUUCGAAAAGCUGGCUUUGAUGGUCUGGACAACAUUGCCUACGACUCUGAGCGUCCGAACAACCUGCUUGCCUUCAUGACUGCGAGACCUACGCAGCCGUUAAGGAAGUCCAGCGCGGUAACCAUCCUGCAUGACGCAAAAUCGACAGACCUUGCAGCAGACCUUCAAAAGCGAUUGGUCAGCAUUGGUUGUGAACCCUGCCUUCAUGAGAUUGCAGACGGCCCGCUUCCUACGACUGCUAAGAUCAUCACCACUCUCGACCUGCAAGGUCCCUUCUUGAAGAACAUCGAACCCGAGCUCUUCGCAGCAUUUCAGUCUCUUGUGGCUCAGGCAUCUACGUCGAAUGCUGGAAUAUUCUGGCUUACGCGACCUUCUCAAUUGAGAUGCGCAGAUCCAAGAUGGAGUCAAAUCAUUGGAACAGCGCGAUCCAUCAGGACUGAGCUGAACAUAGACUUCGUGACUUGUGAGAUCGACGAGUCCAGCUCCAUUUCCACCGCAAUUGAAGUCUUCCGGAAGUUCUGCCGGCAAAGGAAAGAUUCUCAUCAACCAGAGUACGAAUACAGCAUCGAGAAGAAUGUUGUACAUGUCUCACGGGUGUACCCCGCCAACGUCAAUGAUGAACUACGCCAGACGCCGCAUGUGACUAGCGAGAGGGAGCAAGGCGGACCGUCAGACGGGAAACGUGAGGAUCAUACUGUCCUCGACUUACGUAUCGGGAAGUACGGUCGGCUGAACACACUCAGUUGGAAACCCAGAAGGACGAAUGAUCUGGCUGGUGAUGAGGUCAUUGUUGAGUCGAAGGCCGGUGGCAUGAACUUCAGGGACGUCUUGAUCGCCAUGGGCAUUGUCGAUCCCAUCAACACGAACAUGGGACUUGAAGCGGCCGGUAUUGUUCGGCGUAUUGGCCCGGAGACGAAAGAGCUUGUCCCUGGAGACCGGGUCUUCAUCUUUGGUGGAGGCUGUUUCUCGUCAAACAUACCGAUCACCGAAAAGUUGUGUGUAAAGAUCCCGGAUAGUCUGAGCUUCGAGGAAGCCGCGACGAUGCCGUGCGUCUUUUCAACAGUCAUUCACGGACUCCUCGAGGUCGGCCACCUUGCUUCGGGCGAUUCAGUACUCAUUCACUCGGCCUGCGGAGGCGUCGGGCUCGCCGCGAUCCAGAUUUGCAAGAUGAUUGGUGCAGAUAUCUUCUGUACGGUGGGCAACGAGGAGAAGGUUCAGUUCCUUGAGUCCUCGUUCGGCAUUCCAAGGGACCACAUCUUCAACUCGCGCGACGCCUCAUUCUUACCAGAUACUCUCAAGGCCACCGGCGGAAGAGGUGUUGAUGUAGUUCUCAACUCCUUGAGUGGCGAGCUGCUUCAUGCGUCCUGGAGCUGCGUCGCCGAAUUUGGUCGGAUGAUUGAGAUCGGAAAGCGAGACUUCAUUGGUAAUGGCAAGCUGGCGUUGAAUCCGUUCGCUCUGAACCGAAGCUAUCAUGGCGUGGACCUUGGACAUAUGAUCGAUGUCAGGCCGGAGAAGGGCAAUAUCCUGUUGAAAAAGAUUGUCCAGCUUUAUGAGCAAGGCCAUAUCACUGCUUUGAGUCCUAUCAAAACAUUUAAAGCGGAUGCGGUUGAGGAGUGCUUCCGCUACAUGCAGAAAGGCCAGCACAUCGGCAAGAUUGUGCUGCAGAUGGAAAACAUUCCACGCACCACGGCUAAAGGUUCUUUGCCCACGCUCACUUCAAAGUUUGAUAGCGAGUCCAGCUACCUUCUUGUUGGAGGCUUAGGUGGUCUCGGCCGACACGUCUCAAACUGGAUGGUCGAGCACGGCGCAAAGCAUUUGGUCUAUCUCUCACGUCAAGGUAGCGAUGCUGAGGAGAACCAGAGCUUUUUCCGGGAACUUGAAGCUCAAGGCUGCUCCGCAACAGCUGUUAAAGGCAGCGUGGUCAACAUAGCCGACGUUGAACAUGCCAUCGCGACAUCACCACGGCCAAUCCGAGGUGUGAUCAACAUGACCAUGAUUCUGCGUGACCAGGGUUUCACCAAGAUGACACACGAGGAGUGGACUACGGCUGUGAACCCCAAGGUUCGAGGAACUUGGAAUUUGCACAAAGCAUCCGUGGCGGCAGGCCUUCACCUGGACUUCUUCCUGCUUUUCAGCUCCAUCUCUGGAAUCUACGGGCAAGCGGGCCAAUCCAACUACGCGGGGGCGAAUACAUUCCUUGAUGCAUUCGUCCAGUACCGCCACCGUCUCGGAUUGACUGCUGCUUCGCUUGUUGUAGGCGCAAUGACCGACUGCGGAUACCUCGCGGAGCAUCCGUUAAUGUUGGAAAAGCUGAUGGCACAAGGAGUAUUCGGUGUUCAGAUUCCACAACUUCUCGAUUCCCUGGCUGCCGUUAUCAGCCCAUCGAAGCAGGCCCAUAUGUCGACGCCCUCGAGCUUUGUAGAGUUAUCACAGUUGAUCUUCGGCCACCGCAGCACAACGUCACUAUCCGAUCCGUCCAACAGAGUCACUUGGAAAGAGGACCGCCGUAUGGGAUUUUACCACAUCGAUGACCUCGCAAAGACCGGAACCAGCAGUUCUGCCUCCAACUCGAGCGCCCUGCAAACGUUUCUCAAGCUCGUACUUACGGAUCCAGCAGUUCUCUCAUCUCCAGAUGUUCCCGCCAUGUUGGCAAGACAAAUCGCAACUCAGCUGUUCCGACUUCUCCUGAAGCCAGUGGAGACUGAAGAGGAGAUUGAUGUCAACAUGUCACUCCAAGAUGCUGGGUUGGAUAGCCUGGUCGCGGUGGAGAUGCGAAGUUGGUGGAAGGGGGUUUUCGGGUUUGACAUCAGCGUCUUGGAGAUGCUAGGCAUGGGAAGCCUGCUUGCCCUGGGUGAGAGGGCGGUGAAGGGCUUGCGGAGCAGCAUAGCUGAACACGUCGACGAGAAGGGCGAUGCAGUGGAGAAGCAUGACACUGAGGGUUAUCUGAAGUUGAAGAUGCCGUGA